CUAGACACAAAGCUCCACAAUAAGAUGCUUGAUUUCUUCUGAAUACCAGGGACACACAUUUUCUUCCGUCAUGAACAGUCCUCAAAAUUGGAAAACCUUAAGCAGAGAGACCUACAGAUGAUAUUUUGACAUAUCGGGGCUUUUCUGAGAAUCUUCAGGAAGGUCCUUCUCCCUUUUCCUGAGUCAUGGAGCCCAUUGAAAUGGCAGCCCUAGGAAGGUCUUUGUAUCCCGGCACAUUGUACGACUGUCGCAGAGAUUCCUUUAUUCCAGGUGUUACUCUGUGGGAUAAAGCAUCAUUGACUCAGGAUUUGGGUGUGCAUCCACAGCCCAACACAGAUCUGAAAUUCUCUGCUUCUGACUCUCUCAGUGAAAAGGCCAGCCUCAUGAAUGUGAGCACCUCCCUUAAAGCCAGCUUUCUUGGGGGAUUGGUGGAAGUUGGAGGGUCAGCCAAAUACUUGCGUGAUCAAAAGACCUCAGCACAUCAGUCCCGGGUUACUCUGCAGUACAGCCAGACAACAAGAUAUGAACAUCUUACUAUGAUUCAGCUGGGCAAAAUCACCUACCCCGAGGUGUUUGAGGAGAAAACCGCCACUCAUGUUGUUACAGCUGUUCUGUAUGGAGCCCAGGUUUUCAUGGUGUUUGAUAAAACGUUCUCAGAGGAUGAAGACAAACAAGAGGUCGACGGAAAUUUAAAUGUAAUGGUUAAGAAGAUCCCUUUACUUUCCAUUGAGGGAGAAGGAGAUCUAAAGAUGAAUGACAAAGAAAAGGAAUUGGCUGAACAUAUCAGCUGUACAUUUUAUGGCGACUGUGUGCUUGAGGAGAAUCCUACCACAUACAUGGAAGCCUUGCAGCUAUACAAGAAGCUGCCAUCUCUGCUGAGGCAGACGGAGAACGAUGCUGUACCAGUGAAGGUUUGGCUCUAUCCCCUUGCCCUGUUGAACAAAAAAGCAGCUACGCUGGAAAGAGAAAUUGGUGCUACACUGAUAUCUAAAGUAGAGACUGUAUUGGAGGAGCUGGGAGAUGUAGAGAGAAAAUGCAACGACUUGGUUAAAAACAGAACAGUAAGCAGUUUCCAAGAUUUGAGAGAAAGGCUGCAAAUAUUCCAGCAAUCAUUUGGUGAAUACAAAGUGUUGUUCCAAAAAGCCCUGUGCAGGCUCCUUCCUGCUAUCCGCAGUGGAGAGGUGAAUGAGCAGGCACUGACUGACAUCCUGUUGAUCCAUGGCAAGUCCCUCUUUCAGGCUAAUAUGCUGAGAAAGUGGUUAGAAAAUGUUCAGUGUGAAAUAGAUCUGCUGAAUUUCUACACCAGGGAACUGAGUGAUGUCCCAGUAGUAACAUCUUCAGGCCAGUUCAGCAGCAUUCUUUUAAAUCCCAAUGUUGACACAGUAGUUUGCUUCUCCUUCACCUCUCUGAAAUAUGAUGAUCCUUAUCUGUUAGCCAUAACUGAGUUCCUCAGAGUCAAUGAGUUUGAAAAGCUGUCAGCAGUUCCAAAAUCAAGUGACCAAGACAUCCAGGCCUGGUUCAGCAAUCCUGAAAUAUCUGAGAGGAUGAGAGAGAAUCUUUUUCUCUUCAAAAGUUUUUCUGAGGCCAAUAAAGACAAAAAUAAAACCAGGUUUAUCAUCGCCUCAGUCUCAGACUCCACCAAUUCUGGCACCUCCAUCCACCUAUACAGAAAAGGGAAAAUGGUGGACAGCAGCUUUCAGCCUGUGUCAAAGCCUCCGGCUCCCAGCAUUGAUGUUCAGGACAGGAAUGUGAUCCUAAAGCUCCAGAAAUCCUCAACUGGACUAACGGUGUGGUACAGAGUGGAACACAAAGCAGCACAGCCAGAUGUUUCAGGAGUUGAUGCUGAAGGUUGGGAAUUCACAGACACUCCGGAUGCACAAGAAACCUUCACACUAACUGGACUGCAGCUAGCAAACCAGUACCGGGUCCGCUACCGAGCAGUUAGUGAUGUGGGAGUGAGCGAAGCCAGUGACUCCGUCCUCUUCUCCGUUCAAUGCAAGGUCAGUGAUAUUACUACUUCCUUCUGUAAUGAAGUAAGGAAUAAGAUAAUGACCAGCUUGAUCACUUCACGGUGGAAUCUGUCAACCAUCAGGUCAGAGGUCACACAUCGAGUCAGCGGCAUUGGCACUCCCUAUGUGGUUGCAAUCCCUGAAGGGCUGAAACCAGGAAUAGCUUUCUUCUUCCAAGGGGUGGUUCAUCCAGAUGGAAGGGGAUUUGAAAUAAAUCUGAAGACUGGGCCAAUGGAUGGUGAUGAUGUUGCAUUCCACUUCAACCCCCACUUUUGUGAGGAAUGCUCUGUGGUCUGUGACAGCUUCAGAAACGGGCGGUGGGAGAAUCCAGAAGAGACCCCAGAGGGUCCUUUUAGCAAGGGAGGAGCCUUUGAUAUAUGCAUGGCAAUUAAUCCAGAAGGCUAUGAGGUAAUUGUGAAUGGGCACAGGUUCUGUGCUUUCAGUCACUGCAUACCACUGAAGAAAGUGUCUGUACUUAAUAUCAGUGGAGAUGUCUUCAUGAACACCUUUGGCAUAAUUGAAGUGGACCAUAUCAAUAAGAAGGUCAUCAUUCCUGCCCAUUUUUGA